UAUAUAUAUAGUAUAUUUAAGAAAGUAAUAUCAUCUAAUACCGCUAAAACAUACAAAAGAACGUCUAAACGGUCUCUAAAAGCUAUAAAAUCAAUACUGUGUGCACUUUCUUUACGAAAAAUACGUAUUUUUAACAUACCUUAGAAAGUUAUGCGGUAGCGACAAAACAAAAAACUGUCACAAUGACGAAAGCACUUGCUCAACUGACAUGCUACAACUUGACACUUGUACGCGUAAACGGGAGUAAAAAGAGACAGAAAAUCAUUGUUUAUUGCGUAUGUGAGUUUGCAUUUGGGAGAAAUAGGGGUAUUCCAUAUUAGGGAUACUAUCCCAUAUUUGGUCACUUUCCUCUAAUAAAAGGGCAUAACGGUUAAUCGUUGGGUCAUUUUAAGAUGUUACGUAAAUUAUAAAACAGAUUAUUGUACGUAUAUAGGAAAUUAACGUGAGAAUAUGGUACUCAGAUGCCGAGCACCCAUCGCGUCACUGGACUGUAUGGACGACUUCAGCACUCACUCUGCUCUGCACUUAUUCCAGCCAGCUAGCUGGAACAAUAUGUCUCGUCAUGCAUCAGUGUACAUGGGGAACGAUGCAAGUAAGCCAUCAUCCGUGACUCCAGGACUUCGUUAUAAAAACUUGGGCAAGUCAGGGCUGCGGGUGCCCAACAUCGGCCUCGGCCUGUGGACUAUGCUCAACGAAGACGUCGCCGAAGACCUCGUCAUGACAGCUCUUGAGAGUGGCAUUAAUUUGUUUGAUUUAUCGGAAGCUCAUUACGCUCAAGGCGAAGUAGAUUUGGGAAGAAUUCUGAAAAAGAGGAACGUGAAACGAUCCAGCGUCAUUAUUACAAUAAAAGUUUAUUGGAGUACAAAGUCUGACGAAAGAGGUCAGUCUCGAAAGCACAUUAUAGAGAGUGUAAAGUCGUCACUUGCGAAACUACAACUGGAGUACAUAGACGUUAUCCUUCUACAUAAAGUGGACCGCGUUUGCCCAAUGGAAGAAUUGGUGCGAACUAUGAACUACCUCGUGAAUCAAGGUUAUGCGAUGUACUGGGGGACAGCGCGCUGGACGCCAUCCGAGAUAAUGGACGCAUACUCUAAGUGCCGUGCUUUCAAUUGUUGCACGCCAGUUGUGGAGCAAACUGAAUACCAUAUGUUCUGCCGCGACAAAACCGAACUAUACAUGCCCGAGCUGUACCAUAAAAUUGGAGUGGGCACUAUGGUGUGGUCUGCACUCACCACCGACAAGGGUAUGAGUCACGAGGAGUCGUCAGGACUAUUUGCCAAGUCUCGGUUUAACCGCAAAUACAGCACCUUUAGCUGGUGGGAAGAAGAACCGGUUGGCACUGAUGAACCUGAAAACAAGGAAUCUUCAACAGCUGAAGAAUUACGUAGUUACAAGGACAAGCUGCAAGCUUUAUCAGACCUAGCAAACGCCUUAAACUGUUCUAUACGGCAAUUAUCUUUGGCUUGGUCUCUGAAAAAUGAAAACGUAAACUGUUUACUUCUCGGAGCCACCAGUGUUGAGCAAUUCAAAGAGAAUAUACAUGCUUUGCAGAUCGUACCCCAAUUGUCUCCUGCCGUGAUAGUCGAUAUCGAGAGAAUUCUCGCGAACAAACCUCAGCGCCCACCGAUGAUUUCCACAUUGGCCAUGAGAAACCAACAGAAUGCUAAACGAGAUGCUGAUGAUGAUGCGGAGACAUCAAAAGAAGAGGACGUAGAAGCCAACGUGGCGAGUCCCGGGAAGGAGGCAGACUUAAAGGGUUGUGCGGUUCAAUGAUCCUGGUGGAAAGGAAGCUCCGACACGGCUUCCAAGUCUAGUAAAUCGAAGGACUCGCUGCCGAAGGAAACGAAGCCAAAGUUCUUUUUAAAUAACGCCGGUGAGGUUAUCCGGCGCGUGGAACAGGAUGGCGUGACCUCAGAUACAGUAGUGUCCGUGUCUUCCCUGAAGGGCAAGCAACCGGCUUCGGGAGGCAGCAAAGUAAAGAAGUCUAAGUCGGAUUCCUCCCGGUCUCGUUCAGCCUCGCUGCAGCGCUCCUCGUCAGGGCAGCUGGCCGGCUCCCGAGAUCGCAAGAUGUCCAGAUUUAAUCUGGGAUCACCUGCUGACGUGUGAAUGGAAAAUAUCAAUUUAGAACUGGGGUUUAAUUUUUAUUAUUAUUAGGGGUAACUUUUAGUUGCUUGGUAUUCACGAAGGUGCCAUAAUAUGAAAAAGUAACUUAAGACUAAAGAUGGAGUGUUAAAUAUAACUUUCGUAUUUAGUAAUUAGGCAAAUGAAAAAGUAUUUUUAAGUUGGCGCUUAUAAGUCUUCCUAAAACUAAACCGUUUUCCCUCUACUCUCAAUGAAAAGGCAAUAUUGAGAAUGAAUUUAAUUUCGGAAUGAAGAUUAAGGAGAGCUAUAGAGAUAUUUAAGUUAACACAUACAGUUCCACACCUAUCUUUACCUAUAACUUUCCAAGUUAAUUCCUUUCCAACUUACUUAAUCUUACCAAGAUUUCUCAUCAUGUCUUCUCUGAAUGACUGCACUCCUUACAUUACGUAAACUGUCUACAACACAAAAGUGCUGAAAAAGAGUGCCUUGUAAAGAUGGAGUGGGAAUAAUCUUAUAAAUAGUUUAUAAAAACUCUUUUAAUUAAUAUUUUUAUAUUUAUUAAUUUGACGUAAAUGCUGAAUUAUGGCUUCGAAUAAAGAUUGUUAUUAAGUAUUUUUGUCACGUAACAUAGUUAAUCUAGUAGUAGCUUUUUAUUACUACAAUCUAUUAUACGAGAAACACAAAGAAACUAAUUACUAAUAUAUUAUAUUAUUGGAAUAUAAAUUCUAUUCAUAUCGUACAUAUCUGUAUUAAUAUAAAAUUACAAUUAUUUCUAAAUACGAGCUACUGGGCGAUCGUUAUAUCUUCUCGUGACAUAGACUGUAAUAAUAUAUCUAAACUGUUUCGUGCUGUAGUGUAAUUUCCCGUCUAGACAUCAAUACAUACACAAGAAAAGAUUAUAUAAAACGUAGAAUAUCAAAGGGAUAUAUAUAUUAUAAUAGAAACGAUACUAAAUUUACAAUAUAAUUCUUUAUCAAAUAUAAAAAUUGUUAAUAUUUCACAUAAAAUAUUAUUUAGCUGUUAGCUUAGCAGAAGCCACGCUAGUAGUAAUAAUGUUAAUAAUGUUUCCCACAGUGACCCUAGGCCCCAAUUGUAAACUUUAAACUGCUUCUGAAAUCUAAUAAAGUAUACGAUUUUUAA